UCUCCGAGAUUUUACCCAAGAUGGCGUCUACGCAGUUAACGGACGAGGAGCUUUUCUCUGAACUGAAGCGUCUGGGCUUCACCCCGGGCCCGGUAACCGAGAACACCCGGCCGGUGUACCUCAAGAAGCUCAAGAAGCUUCGAGAAGAGCAGCAGCAGCGAGGCUCACGGCCGAGUAAGACCCGCAGCGGGGCCGCCAUCAGCGGCUCCUCUGGCGGCGGCAGCACGGCGGGCUCCAGGCCAGCCAGCCGUGACGUCACGCACCUGAUCUCCAACAGGAGACCGGGCCGGAAGUCGUCCGUCCUCGGCUUCAGCUCCGACGAGUCAGACGCUGAAACUCCUCUGAAGAGAAAAGGCCUGAACCACAGCACUGGGUCUCCACCGCUGAGGACCCGGUCCCCUGCCACCCUAAACACCGCUCACCAUAGCCCGCCGAACAGCAGCACGUCCUCCCCGGGAACAGAGCCACAGCGGAGCGGCUCUUUGAGCUGGAGGCUACGCGGCACCUCCAGCCCCGAGGCGGGAGAGAGGGACGAGGAGUCCGGGGACGACGACGAGGAGGAGGAGGAGGAGGAAGAGGAAGAGGCGGGCCCGGAGAAGAACUGUCGAUCUGUGAACGGCUGCGGGGCUCACGGGAACCAGCUCACGGUACCCGUACCCGGGGAGUACUCGGACUCCGACGAGGAGCAGGUCUCAGGCCUGGGUGCCGGGGACAGAUCCAGGGAGCGUCUGGAUCCCAGACGGAGACCGGUCCUUCCCCACCACAGAGCCAGCCGAGGGUCUCGGACAGUAGGGCCGAUCCUAGUGGAGGACAAACCAGAGGGUUUAAACAUGGUGGGGGGCCGAGGGGAAGAUGGGGACGGUAACAGGAGGGACUCUGACACACCUGGAUCCUUCAGGACCCACAUCUUUCCACGCAAGUCCAUCUACGUGUCCCUGAACCGCGGAGAGAACCACCACGUUAGCAGCGAGCCCGGAGCCUCAGGCCGCUUCAGCCUAGGGCUCAGACCGCGCUUCUCCUCCUACAGCAGCUUGAGCUCCUCCUACAGGAGCAACAACUCCAACCACAGCCCUGCUCCCUCCCGGCCCCACAGCCCCGCCUACCAACAAGCCGCGCCCCAUGGGCCAGAGGACGAGUUGCUGCAGCAAUUUAAAAGAGAGGAGGCUUCGCCAUCCAGGUGCUUCAGCGCCCAUUACCUGUCCAUGAUACUCCUGACCGCCGCCUGCCUCUUCUUUGUCUUGCUGGGACUCAUGUACCUGAGGAUGAGGGGCGCGACCACCAACGACACAGAGAUUAAGAGUCACCCGUUUGGCAGCGACUUUGACUCUUCAUAUAACAAGAUGGACAAAGACCUGAUCCUGAACUUGCUGCUCAGUCUCCAUGACCACCUGGCCCAGAUCGCAGGUCAACAUGACUGUGGAGACUCGCAGCAUCACAACCGGAGUCUGACCCUGAAACAGGCCUCUGACUAUUUAGAGGCUCAGAAUCAGCAGUUCGGUCCGUUCAUUCUUGUCUCUCUGGAGUGGAUCAUCAGGACAGGACAGGACGUUGGGAUCAGGCUGACCGGACUGACCGCUAAUGACCCCGUCACUGAUGUCUCUGAGAUCUCUCUGCUUGAGUCCACACAUCCCAGAAUGCCAUUCACUUGUCGCUUCCGCAGAGCCUUCCUCAUCGUCAUCAGCAGAGUCUUCCUCAUCGCAGCCGUGGUGGGCUGUGUGUGGAGUGUGGUGUGUUACAUGAAGUAUCGCUGGAGGAGAGAGGAGGAGGAGACCAGACAGAUGUACGACAUGGUAGAGAGGAUCAUAGACGUGCUGAGGAGUCACAGUGAAGCGUGUCAGGAGAACCAGGACCUGCAGCCCUACCUGCCCAUCCCCCAUGUCAGAGACUCACUGGUCCAGCCUCAGGACAGGAAAAGGAUGAAGAAGGUGUGGGAGCGAGCGGAGAGCUUCGUUUCGGCGAAUGAGUCGAGGAUCAGGACGGAGACUCAGAGGAUCGGGGGGGCGGACUUUCUGGUGUGGAGGUGGAUCCAGCCGUCGCUCACCUGUGAUAAAACCUCCUCAGGACCGUCCAAAGUGUGGCAGGGGAAAGCGUUCCCUCUGGACCGCAGGAACUCCCCCCCCAACAGUCUGACCCCGUGUCUGAAGAUCAGGAACAUGUUUGACCCCAUCAUGGAGGUCGGGGAGAACUGGGACUUGGCGAUCCACGAGGCCAUCCUGGAGAAAUGCAACGACAAUGACGGCAUUGUCCACAUCGCUGUCGACAAGAACUCCCGAGAGGGCUGUGUGUAUGUAAAGUGUCUCUCAGCAGAGCAUUCUGGGAAAGCAUUCAAAGCUCUGCAUGGCUCCUGGUUCGAUGGUAAACUGGUGACGGUGAAGUACCUGCGUCUAGACAGGUAUCAUCAGCGCUUCCCUCAGGCUGUGAGCUGCUGUACCCCCCUGAAGGCCUCCAGCCCCUCCCUCAGCACACCCAGCAGCAACUCAGGGAGCCGCCUGAUGCACAGAGCCUCCUCCUCCUUCUCCACCUUUUCUUCAUCGGGAUUCUCAUGAUGCAACAUCAACCACACACAAACACGAACACCCUCUGCUGCUUCAUCACAGGAACACUUCACUGCUCUUGUUUCGGCUCAGAGAGGAUGAGUGGUGCUUCUCCUCCUCUCUCCUCCCCCUCCUCCUCUGUCUCCUCUUUCUGCUCUCUCCUCUUUCUCCUCCUCUCUCCUCUCUCCUCCUCUCUCUCUCUCUCCUCUCUUAUCUCUCUCUCCUCCUCCUCCUCUCUUUCUAUCUCUCCUCUCCUCUCUCCUCCUCAGCUUCAUGUGUCAUGUCUGUGAGCUUCAGUACGACACAGUGUUCUCCUGUUAUUAUCAUUAUUAUUGAUUAUUAUUAUUUAAUCAGUGAGGAGGCUGAAUAUACAUCAGAAGCUUUAUGACACACACACACACACACACACACACAGCAGAAAGUGAUUGUGUUCCUGUCAGUUAUUACCCGUAUAUUACCAACUUUAUAUCACUAUGUAUAAUUUUUUAUUAUUUACCUUUCAUGUCAUGUUGGCUCAUGUUAAGCCCCUCCCCCUCUCUGAGGUGUGUCUCACCUGUUUCUCUGGCAGCGAACGGAGGACUCUGAUGAUCUCUGCGAGGACGUUCACAGUCGCUCUUCUUUUUACAGCAGCGUUGUAUUUAAGAGACGGAGUUGAUUUUGGAUGCAGUGAUUGGACGUUGGACUCACUUUUUGCAGUGUGAAAAUGUACAAAUGAUGCACAUUUCAAGUUUUCAAAGUGCUGCCCCGGCGUGGAGCAGACACCCAGCUGUGCCUUAUCUUCGUGCUGUUUUCAGUCUGGCACUGCGUCACUGAACAAGAUGGAGGACAUGAUGACGGAGCAGUUUGAAGGGCUGCUAAUGCCCACCAUAGAUGUAGUUUUGGUAGAUUGACAUCUUCAGUUUUUUUUUUGUUGUAGCAGCUUUCUUUGUUAUUAAACCAAAUGUUUCUCUCUAUUUAUUACUGUUAUUUUUAUAAACAGCCCUGGUGACGUGCUUUUUAAACGUCACUGGUCCUGUUACAUUAUUCAUCAAACCUUCAUCGAGCUAACGUCAGCCUCCAAACACACACACAGGUGACAGCAGAUGUGUACCUGUCCUGCAGAAGGGUCUCCUUGCAGUGUGAGGGUCCUCCCUGCAGCUCGAGGGUCCUCCCUCUGUAGCUCGAGGGUCCAGCAGGAAACAGGCUGAAUAUUUUUGUUUCUGUUUGGACGCUCCUGCUCAUCCUCCACUUUUAAAGGUUCUUUUUUCUGGGAUGUAUUUUGUGUGUUUUCUGUAAACACUGUACAUUGAUGUAACUGUAACAUGAACUAUUAUAUGCAGCUUUAUUUUCAUGGCGUUGUUCGUUAGGAGUCCCUGACCUGCGAGCCAGAGGGGGGAGGUGUACAAAACUACAGACAUUUAAAGAAACAGAUGUUUUAAUGUAAUUUGUUAAUUGUACAAAUGGCUCAAAUUAAAGGUUUAUUAGGAGUUUUUAAA